CAAAAGUUGGGAAUGGCGUAGAUUUAGGUAUACAAGGGCUCGACGGACUGUGAAUCUGCUACCGAGCAAGCGAAUCAGCGAUCAUGGAUCUGAAGCAAGCGGGAUCGUCCCUUGACGCUCUCGUCUCCUCCUUCCAAUCGCGCAUUGUCGAUCUCCAGGAGCUUGUAAUCGCCCGCAACAUGUAUCCAACCACUAGCAUGCCUGAUCUGUCGGCGGUCGACACUUCCCUGAAGACGAUGGAGUCGCAGAUCCAGGCGAUAAAAGACCGGCUGCAAGAGGAGCGAAAUGUCAUCCCUAAGGCCAAAAAAUUCAUCGAGCUGUCCCAACAACAACAAAGAAAGCUGCAACACAUGCUCUCUCACAUGCCCCCCGCAAUGCUUGAGAGCAGGUCGCGUUCGGAUCACAAUCCCUCCAUCAGCAUGGUAAUAGACGAUUUGGAGGAACCUUCUCAUCUUAAGGAGGAGCCUGUGGCAAUGCCUAAGAUGAGGAAGGGUCCGAUUCCUGCCCCCCGUUGGUAUAUUUCUUUUGAUGAAUUGGACUCACUGUCAUCUUACAUGAGGGGAAGACUGACUUUGGACAAGGUCAACAUUGCUAUCAAUGAGAUAGCUGUUCACGCAGAAACAAAUUCUCAUCUAAUUUCAUGCCCAAAGAAGAAGCUAGCUGAAGACACUUGGGAGAAGGCCCUUGAACUAAGAGAUAUAGUAUCAGCUGAUUCAGUAAAGGGCAAGCACUUUUUCCUUGAAACUGACAUAAAAGGACCAGGACUGAAACUUGACAACACAGGAAAAGCAAUUCUAACUGUCCUUCGACAUCUUGGCCGUAUCGUUGAAACUCGUAUCGGUCAUCACCGCGUGUUUACCCUUCAAAAGCCUCAAUAACAUCCUUACUUUUCUUGAAUGAGUUUAAAUGAAUGUCAUCUGUGGGUUCUCAAAAGAUUCUUUUAGCAAGAACACUCACGAGAUUCUCUUUCGAAGGUUGGCCGAUGGCUCGUAACUUGGUGUGUUGUUUUCGUAUAAAUGCACUUGUGCUCGGAAAAAUUAGUAAUUGUAAAGUGGAUUUAAGUACUUUUUGUGCAAUGUGUGCUAACUGUAUUGAUGUUAGAGCUUUAGGAAAAUUUCCUUAGCUUUAUUUUAAUUUAUGUUCCAAUAAUCUUAUUUAUAA